UUAUAUUUGUAAUUUUUCAGCACCAGCUGGUACCACCACCAUCCCCAUUGUCUUUUAUCUUUACUAAUAAUUAAUCCAUCUUUAUAUAGACUCAUCACAUUCAAUCUUCAUUGCACUGUCAUCACUACUACCACCUCUCUCUCUCUCUCUCUGAAUUCCUCUUGGUCAGGAAUUUGGAGAGUCCGGUCACAUCAGGAAGCAAGAUAAGAUCUAUGAAAAACAUGGAAUCUCCAAUGAUUUUUAUUGUCUGCAGUGCCCUGCUUCUUCUGUGUACUUCAACAGCUUAUGCUCAGACUGCUAAAUCUCCCCCAAUAAGCCCAACCCCAACCCCAAGCCCAGCACCAGCACCAGCACCAGAGUAUGUCAACCUCACAGAUUUACUCACUGUGGCUGGUCCAUUCCAAACCUUCCUUACCUACCUGCAGUCCACCAAAGUCCUAGAUACCUUCCAAAACCAAGCCAACAACACUGAGGAAGGUGUUACCAUAUUUGUACCAACAAAUAGUGCCUUCUCAUCUCUUAAGAAGCCUUCUCUAUCCAAUCUAACUCAAGACCAGCUCAAGUCACUCUUGCUCUUCCAUGGCUUGCCCCAUUUCUACAGCUUAGCUGACUUCAAGAACCUUACCCAAUUGAGUCCUGUACCCACCUUUGCCGGUGGGCAAUACACAUUGAACUUCACCGAUGUAUCUGGGGUAGCAAAAAUUAGUUCAGGAUGGUCAAACACCAAGGUGAGCAGUAGUGUGCAUUCCACUGACCCUGUUGCAAUUUACCAAGUUGAUAAGGUCCUCCUCCCUGAGGCAAUCUUUGGCACUGACAUCCCUCCAACCCCGGCUCCAGCACCAUCUCCAGACAUUGCACCCGCUGCCGAUACUCCAUCUGGGACAACCAGUGGAGGCAAGGCAUCUACAACAUCUUCACCAAGCAAUUCUUCAUAUAAAAUGAUCAGCUGGGGGAUUUGGAGUCAGUUGGUUUUGGCACUUUCAGGUGUGCUGGUCUUGUUCUUGUGAGGGAGCAUUUGUUGAAUCAAUUCAUUUUUAUUAAGGGGGGUAUAUUCGGAUUUGGUUCAUUUGCUUUGAUAUGAGACCAUUUUUUGAACAUAUUUGUUAUGGAAUUUAUGUAUGAGAAUGUGAUUUACCAUUAUUCAAAAUGCAUUCUGUUUGAUUUAUUAUAA